GAGAAACAACAGAAAAAGGGAAGAAAAUAUAAAACAAGACGACUUUUGUGGGGAAUUGAGUGACAGUUUGUGAUUUUAAACGCUUUGAUCCAACCUUUAGUUCGUCCGGGAGACAGAUUGUUGUGGGUUGCUAAAAGAAGAAUGCGACGCUCAGGAGCUCCCAGCCAGCUCUUGGGUAAUGCAGUGAAAAAGCCCCGGUUUGUUCCUCCUGGAGCACUGACGUCAUGUCCUGUGGCUGUAUCCAAGCACCUUACCCCUAAAUUUGGUUUGGGCAAUGCACUGGAAAAGAUCCAGAGAAGUCUAGCAGCACCAGCUCCGGUUAAAACAGAGUAUGAAAUCCAGCCUGCUCCAGCCUUGUCAAAGGCUUUGGCUCGGGUUCUCAGUGCAACGGAAAGUAAGGAAAAUGAGGCAGAGGCAGGACCUUCUAAUGCUGGCUUGGAAGAGUUCACAGAAGACGACAACAGACCAGCAAUAUGUCCUUGUUUUACAGGAGUGAACGGUUUCCCUCAGGUGACUCCCGGGUCAGCCUGUGUUUCUGGAGUUGCAGGCUCAGACUCCGGCGGCAGUCAGGAUGGAGUGCGUUACCUCAGUGUGAUGUGGUGUAAGGCCAGUAAGAAGAAACACAAGCGCUGGGAGGGCGAUGCAGUUCUGGUUACAAGAGGGCGCACAGCCACAUUGAAAGAUAUGGAGGGGAAGGAUAUUGGCAAGGGAAGUGGCUACAAAGUGUCUGAGCUGGCGUCCCUGUCCGAGGGAGAGACCCUGAUGAUUGGAGGGAAGGAGGUGGAGGUGAUGGGAGUCAUUUCUGCGGAGGACUUCGCCAGGGGACGUUGUUUCCAAGAGGUCCAAGUAGAGAAAGAGGGGCCACACACAAAGUCGGCCCUACUGUCCUCUCAGCACCUGGGGUCCAAACCUUUCUGUCCCCCAACAAUGUUGGGGAGAGCAGAUCAUCCAGGAUCCAAAGCAGAGGAGGAAGAAACCUGCAGACCUCGCCAUGACCCACUGGCUCCAGGUGCACUGGUGAUGCCUCGUCCCUCUCCUAACCACCAGUGGUCUAAUAACAAGUCGGGGCUUCCUAUGGUUGAUGUUGUUGUUGACCCAUACCUGACCACUCACCUGCGACCCCACCAGAGAGACGGCCUGCUCUUUCUCUAUGAGUGUGUCAUGGGCAUGAGAGCUGUGGGUCGCUAUGGGGCUAUUCUGGCUGAUGAGAUGGGCCUGGGUAAGACCCUCCAGAGCGUGGCACUGUCCUGGACGUUGCUUAAACAAGGACCGUACGGUGGGAAACCAGUCGCUAAGCGCAUCCUUGUGGUCACCCCCGGCAGCCUUGUGCAGAACUGGGGUGCAGAGUUUAACAAGUGGCUGGGCCGUGAGCGGAUCAGCGUUUUUACCGUGGGUCAGGAGCACAGGAUAGAACAGUUUGUGUUAUCCCCUCUGCACAGCGUUCUUGUGAUCAGCUACGAAAUGCUGCUGCGCUGCCUGGAGCAGGUCCAGAGAGUGGAGUUCGGUCUUAUAAUUUGUGACGAGGGCCACAGAUUAAAGAACAGCAGCAUCAAAACGUCCUCAGCCCUCAGUAGCCUGAGCUGUAACCGCAGAGUCAUACUAACAGGCACCCCAGUACAGAACGACCUGCAGGAGUUCUUUGCUAUUAUAGAGUUUGUUAACCCGGGGAUUCUCGGGUCAACCACUGCAUAUAGGAAAGUGUACGAGGAGCCCAUUCUACGCUCCAGACAGCCCUCCUGCACAGACGAGGAGAGAGUUUUGGGAGAGGAGCGAGCAGCAGAGCUCUCUCGCCUGACUGGUAUGUUCAUCCUCAGACGGACUCAGGAGAUCAUCAACUGCUACCUGCCUCCCCGUCUCGACUGGACAUUGUUCUGCGACCCGUCCCCUCUGCAGCGAGAGCUAUACAAGCGUCUCCUCUGCCACAGAGUCUUCAGAGCCUGCCUUCAGGGCUCCAUGCAAACUCACACACACCUGGCGUGCAUCACUGCCCUGAAGAAGCUCUGCAACCACCCUGGUCUGCUCUACUCCAUUGUCAAGGAAAGAACAGACAGUUCAGUUGAGAGCUCUUUAUACGAGGGCCUGGUAGAUCUCUUCCCAGAAUCUUACUCUUCAGGUGGACUCAACAGCGCUGACUCUGGAAAACUCCUGGUUCUCUCGGACAUGCUGACUGCCAUCAGACAACUCAGCCCUUCAGACAGGGUGGUCGUAGUGUCCAACUAUACUAAGACACUUGACUUGCUCCAGGACUUGUGUGUACACAUGGGCUACACCUUCUGCCGACUUGACGGACAGACCCCCACCAGCCAGAGACAGCGGCUGGUUGACAGUUUUAACAGCCCCUACUCUAAGAACUUCCUGUUUCUGCUCAGCUCCAAAGCAGGUGGAGUGGGGCUUAAUCUGGUGGGUGCGUCCCACCUGGUGCUGUAUGAUAUUGACUGGAACCCAGCAAAUGACAUUCAGGCAAUGGCUCGAGUAUGGAGAGAUGGACAGAAGAAGACAGUGCACAUCUAUCGUCUCCUUACUGCAGGCACUAUUGAGGAGCGUAUAUUCCAGAGACAGGUGUCCAAACAGGGGCUUUCGGGGACGGUGGUUGACCUGGGCAAAGGGGCGGAGCACACCAGCUUCUCCACCAGUGACCUGCGAGAUCUCUUUAGCCUGACAGACACGCUCUCUCUAACACACGACUUGCUGAACUGCAGCUGCAGCAUGGACGGUUCAAUCCAGGCUGCCGUAGAGGACGAGGAGAAGGUUUCUGACAGGCCGUGCCAGCUUGGUCGUCAGGGUGAACGUGGGGGGUCGUUGCAGAAGCAUCUCAGCAUGUCUGAGCUGAUGCAGUGGAGACACUUCUCUGGUGACACACACACCUUCUCAGACCCCUACCUUGAUCACGCACGAAACCACAUCACCUUCGCCUUUCAGACCACCAUCUCUCAGACAACUGAUUAAACAAACACACACUAGAUUCCACUGUAAACAAGAAUAACUCACACAAAUGCAUUUCUUCUAAACUUUUGUCUUCAGGCUCUCUGGCCUUCGUCUGCAGCCUAGCUACAACAUAUGACUAAAACACACAACAGUUGCUGCCAACAACAGCAAUACAGUUUCUAACUGUUUUAAGUGACAUUGUUUGAGAGAUUCUGUGUCUUGUCUUGUUUUCUUUAUUUAUUCUGAUAAAUCUACUGUUGAAUGUCAUUAAAUAAAUAAAAUUCAAAAGGAACGUGUGUCAUAAAAAGG